AUGGCUCCCAGGACGGUGCUGAUCACCGGCUGCUCCUCCGGUAUCGGGCUGGCGCUGGCCGUGCGGCUGGCCAGGGACAAGCAGCGCCGCUUCCGAGUGAUCGCCACCAUGAGGAACACGGGCAGGAGCGGGGCGCUGGCGGCGGCCGCGGGGCCGGCGCUGGGUCGGACGCUGGAGAUCAAGCAGCUGGAUGUGUGCGAUGAAAGCUCCAUCCGCGCCUGCCUCGACAGCAUCCCCGGGCGCCACAUCGAUAUCCUGGUCAGCAAUGCCGGGGUGGGCAUGGCGGGACCCCUGGAGUGCCAGAGCCUGGCGGCCAUGCAGAACCUCAUGGACACCAACUUCUUCGGCCUCGUCCGCCUGGUCAAGGAGGUGCUGCCCGACAUGAAGCGGCGCCGCGGGGGUCACAUCGUCGUCAUCAGCAGCAUCAUGGGCCUGCAGGGCAUCGUUUUCAAUGACAUCUACUCAGCCUCCAAGUUCGCGGUGGAGGGUUUCUGCGAGAGCCUGGUGGUGCAGGCGCUGCGCUUCAACGUGGCGAUCAGCCUGGUGGAGCCGGGGCCGGUGAUGACGGAAUUCGAGAUGAAGUUGUACGAGGAAGCCGAACGCGCCGACUACUCACGGACCGACCCCGAGACGGCCGAAAUCUUCACUAAUGUCUACCUGAAGAACUCCAGGGAUGUGUUCACCAGCCUGGGCCAGACCCCUGAGGACAUCGCAGAGCACACCCUGCGGGUGAUCGAGGCGGCGCGGCCGCCGUUCCGGCACCAGACCAACGUGGCGUACACGCCGAUGGCUGCGCUCAAACACGCCGACCCCAGCGGCGCCCUCAUCACCGACGCCUUCUACAAGCUGGUGUUCAAGUACGACGCCGUGCUGCGCUUCGGCCUCCGCGCCAUCCGCCUGCUCCGCUGGAACGCGCAGAAGGUCAAGGCGGGCGUGCGGCUCCUGGGCUUUAAAUAA